AUGUCUGAGCCACAGAGAAUUGAAUAUGACGCCUCACUUGCAGCCGGGGCGAACCCGAAUUACGCCCAGGUGGUCGUGACGAACCUCCACUACACCAAUGGUGGUGGUGUGCCUGUCAACAACUUCCUUGGAGUCGUUUUUCUUGCGCCUGUCGAAGGUCAGCGCCUGGCCUUUUGGGCGCAAACUGAUCCCUGGGUGGAAGUUACGGAAGAGUUGGUCUCUAGCGAAAGGCUCGAUGCGAAUACCUUCGCCAUCACCAUGCGUCUCAACGUUGAAACACCACACACCUUCGGUCCUGGAGGCAAGGACGUUCUCAAUUUUGGUGUCAAUGGCGACAUCACAAAUAACACAGACCGUUACCUUGAGUCUUUCAUAUUCGCCACUGAUGCGAUACCUGAUGUGAACGGGACAGUCAUAGUGCGCGUCGAUGCGGCUCCGGAUCCAGCUCUUGCCGACCAGCAGCAGGAGCUCAUCUUUACUCCAGGCGAAAGGGCUAUUCCGGUCACUGUGCCGCUGAAUGAGACCACCAAUGUCCCCCUGCCCCCGGGGACCUAUACCGUUACCGCUUCAGCUCUCAGUACGCCUGAUCAAACCACAACGGCCACUGCGCAGGUCUCACCUGGAACUAUCACCGUCUCGACGGGAGAAACAACAUCCCUCAAUGUGAUCUACGGUGCCGUCGAGCACUUCGCUACCAUCGAUGUGGUGAUCGGUCCCAUACCAGAUCUGGCUGAUGAGGAGCUCGGCAUCACGGUAAACACAGAAGGUGGCAUUCUUACCGGUGCCCAUGUUAGACCUGGGGGUUAUAUGCGAUUCCCCAAUAUCCCUCCAGAUGGAUUCGCAACCGUUGGCCUCGACCCAAUUACAUUGAACAACAUACGGCGCUCAUGGAGGCCGAAGGAGAUACAACUGUCCCCUGUCUUACAAAGAGUCAAUUUUUCUCAAGCCGACAUGAUCGUAUCCGAUAUCGACACGACGGGCUUCGUGGAGCUUCCCGUAGCCGUGAGAACCGACGUCACCGCCCUUUCUGUGUUGGUUCCUGUGCGCAUCGAGUACAGUGCAUCCACCGGGCCCAACCCUCCCACUCCUGCUGCUCCCACUGGUCUAAUUUAUACACAGUCAGUGCCUGUCCAGGCGGGACGCAGUUCGUUUGCAGUACCUGUGGCCCCAGGAAUCUACUCGGUGCAGGUGACCGGGUUCUUCCACGAUGGUGUUGUCUACGCGGUAACGGCACCGAGAGAGUUGACAGUAGCAGCCGACGGUACCACAGUAUUGGAGUUGCAAGUGCAACGCGGAGCGAAUAUGCAGGUCCGCGGAUUCCCUAAUUUCCUCAAUUUCGGCGGCUGCACAAAGCUAGUUCCGACGGACCGGGCCGACUUCGUGUCUGCCCGUGCCUCCUCCAUCUUCAUAUACGCCGGUGUGUCUGGUGACGGCGAUCCUGAAGUGAACCUUCCGGACGAUGUGCAAACCCGGAGACUAAUUGAAUUGGCACGGGAGGUAGAGGCUGAUCUCAAUGACGGAAACCCGGUCUUGCCGGUGUUGAUCUCUUACACCUGCAAUCUCUCCGUUGGCGACGCAAGAACCAGACUUGGAAAUGAGUUGUGGUUGGAACACAGCUUUGGCAAUUUUAUCCUGGCGUUAGGCAUAGCGAGGGGGUCUAUCGACGAGCGGCAUCCCGUUCCUGCGGGCUUCGUUGUGAAUCCUGAUUUCAUCGGUGCGUGCCAGCAAGACGGCAUCACCGCGGACUUCGUUAUGCCCGUGCGUGAGCCAUUGCAGAACGCACUAACGUAUCGUGCGGUCGAGGCAAACAUCCCCGACGCCAUCGAUGAUACCCUCAAGGGUUACAUCCUCGCGGUUAACUGGCUCGUGCGAACGGUCGCGCCCGAGGUUACGUUUGGCUGGCAGAUCAAUUUGUGGGGAGUCGGUACCUCGUUCUGGCUCUAUGAUAAUGGGAAUGAACCGAGAGAAAACGCUAUUCAGACCGCCGAAUUCACGAGGAGUCUCGGCGUGUUUGACACGCAGGCGAUUAACAUGGCCCCGCCGGACUUCAUGGCCAUCGAUCGGUACGAGGCGGACGACUUCACAUAUCGCGGAUACGGCAAUAGCUACUGCUAUGGGCCCCGCGAGUGGGCCCGGUUCUUUGAUUUCUGCCAGGCGUACAGCCUGAACAUGGCCGUUCCGGUGAUGCCCUGGCAGAUCCCUGCGAGUCAUAUCCCGCUGGUGACCGAUGUGGUCGACGACUUGGAACGACAGCAUUGGGGUACCGGUGGCAGCUACAUUUUUGGCGACCCGCGCAUUGGAUCAGACUAUCACCAGGUCAACCCGGAUAUCCUGCAGUUGAAGUUCUUGGAUGCCUUCCCCUUCAUGGGGAAAACGGCGGAGGACACGUUCAUCCGCUCCGAACCGUUUGAUAUCACGAACCCGGCCUAUGAAGACUUCGUAUUUCGCGGCAUCUUUGCGGUGCUCCUGGGAGGUGGGUCGACGACGGGCAUUGUGUCCAGCAUUGGGGACCCGAGUCCAUGGGUGCGAGAGCGAAUUCGCGCGUAUAUGGAGCAUCCGAUCCCGUUGAGCUCCGGUACCAGGCGCAGUCGGGAGUAG